UGAAAUUAAGUGGAGAUGAUUGGCCUGUCCGCUUUCUAGCCUCGAAUUUUCUUUUACUUUUCGGAAGAACAAAGGGAGCGAAUUAAUGGAGUUUUUUUUGCCUUUAUUUUUUAACCCCACCAAUAAUAUCUAUCUAUCUUUUAUUAUACUGUGUAAUGGCUCUUUUCUUCUUCUUCUUCUUCUUUUUUGGCCUGGAUUCUCUUUAUCCCUUUGUGAGAAGAAGUGGAUAAGCUUUUUCUAAGUGGAUCACAUUUAUUUAUAUGUUUCGUGAAAGUGUGAUCUCUCAAAUCUAUAAUGGAAAAUUCAGUCAACAUGCACUUUUCUUCUGCAUUAAGUUUUUGGUUAAUUUGAACUCUCUACUUUUCCUGCAAACCAUAUUACUUACUACUAUAAGACCACAAAGAUCAGUUGAAGUUACUCUCAAAUCCGUUGUCAUUAAAGUAGAAUUCAGAAUAUGUAACCAAAGAUUUUGCUAUAAUAAUAAUGCCAAUUGAAUUGAGAAGGGAUGGAUGGAUGGAUGCCCUUUUUAUUGUAAUUGUUUCAUCUUCUUUUAAUACGUUUGAGUCUGGACUGGCUAAGUGCAUUUGUUUUUGCAGCAAAACAGGGCUUCUUCUGGUUCAAAUACGAAUUCCAAUGAAGCGAAAAAACUUCAGUUUUGUCUUCUUGAUCAUUCUCCUCCUAGUCUCAGUAACGCAGCAAGCUGAUUCUGAUUCUGAUUCUGAUCUGAAUUCUGAUAGGCAAGCUCUUAUCAACUUUGCUACCUCCGUCCCACAUGCCAGAAAACUCAACUGGAACUCAAGUAUCCCAAUCUGUAGCUCUUGGAUCGGUAUUACCUGCGAUGAAAAUGGGACGAGAGUGAUUUCCAUUCAUCUCCCAGGUAUAGGUCUCUUUGGUCCAAUCCCAAAUAAUACUAUUGGGAAGUUAGAUUCUCUUAGAAUUCUAAGCCUCCGUUCUAACUACCUUAAUGGAACAUUCCCCUUUGAAAUAGCUUCUCUUCCAUCCCUCCAAGCCAUUUAUCUUGAACAUAACAACUUCUCUGGUGAAAUUCCAACUUCCUUUUCUUCCUCUCAUCUGAAUGUACUAGAUUUGUCUUUCAACUCAUUUACCGGUUCUCUUCAACCCACAACUAUCAAUAGUCUAAACCAUCUAACCGUCUUGAACCUCCAGUUCAAUUCCUUUUCGGGUUCCAUCCCAAACAUGAUCAAUCUCCCAAGGCUCAAGCAACUCAACUUGAGCUAUAACAUGCUCAACGGCUCUGUUCCACUUUCUCUAGCAAAAUUCCCGACAUCUUCAUUCAUUGGAAACAAUUUUCUAUCUGGGAAUUCGAAGAAGAAGCUUGGGAAAAAAGGUGUUAUCAUUGCAGUUAUAGUUGCAGUCUCUUCCGUUAUAGUACUUCUGGUUUUGGCACUUCUAUUGGUCUGCUACUGCUGCUGCUUAAAGAAAAAUGGGGAACCAAAAGAUCAGAAGCCCGCGAAUGGGAAAGGAAACGAGAGGUCUGAAGAGUACUUUGGUAGCGGAGUAGAAGCAGCCGAGAGAAACAAACUGAUUUUCUUUGAAGGAUGCUCGUUUAACUUCGAUCUAGAGGAUCUAUUGAGAGCAUCAGCCGAAGUUCUUGGUAAGGACAGUUAUGGAACAUUGUAUAAAGCAAUUCUGGAUGAGGGUAUUACAGUUGUGGUUAAAAGACUACGAGAAGUUUGCUUAAACAAGAAAGAGUUUGAGCAACAAAUGGAGAUCAUAGGGAGGUUAGGCCAGCAGCAGCACCCGAAUCUAUCGCCUCUUCGUGCUUAUUACUAUUCAAAAGACGAGAAACUUCUAGUCUAUGAUUAUACUAGCGUUGGCAGCUUGUCUAGCCUCUUACACAACAAUAGGGGAUCAUCUGAAAGAACUCCUCUAGAUUGGGAAUCAAGGAUGAACAUCUCUAUAGGAAUUGCUGCAGGAAUUUUCCAUUUACAUUUGGAAGGUGGUGUUAAAUUUAUCCAUGGGAAUAUAAGGUCUGCUAAUGUUUUUCUUAAGGAAGAUCUUACUCCAUGCUUAAUGGAUUUCGGGUUGGCUGGUUUGGUGACAUUUCCAGGGUCAUCUACAUUGCGAAGCCCCGGUUAUGAUCCUCCUGAAGUGAUUAGUUUGAGGAAAUUUAGUCAAAAGUCAGAUGUGUAUAGCUUUGGAGUAGUGAUUCUGGAGAUGCUGACCGGAAAGUCUCCGGUGAAGGUUUUGGGAGGAGGAGAAGAGGCGGUUGAUCUUCCGAGAUGGGUGCGGUCGGUUGUGAGGGAGGAAUGGACGGCGGAAGUAUUUGACACUGAGCUGAUGCAGUAUAGGAAUGUGGAGGAAGAGAUGGUUCAGUUGCUGCAGAUUGGUCUUGCCUGCGUGGUUAAGGCGGCGGAGUUACGUCCUAGUAUGGAUGAAGUUGUAAGGAUGAUGGAGGAUAUCCGGCAGCCGGAGAUUGAUGUAGACCAAACAUCGUCUGAGGACAGUAAACCAUCCUAGAGUAGAAGGGCAUGAUGAUGAUAAUUGGUUUGGCAAGAGUGUGGCUCUUCUGGUGGAUCGGCGAUCUCGUAGAUAUGGGAAUAUUUGAGGUAGCUAGGGUUUGACUUGACCAAUUCUGGAAUU